CCGCGAGCAAAGGGAGGAGGAGCGGUUAGAGGCGGGCGGGGGGGGCGGAACUUUUCUAUCGCGCCUCCCGCAGACCCCGCCCGGUCCCAUUAGACAGCAGCACCCUUAACGGCAUGGCAGCGACAGGAGGAGUCCCGCGGGCCAUCCGGCGGGUUUUGAAAGGAAGGGCAUGCACCGCUGCGAUUUCGCUCCUUGGGCCCCAGAGAUUUCUAAGCACUUCAUUCAAGGCCUCUGAUCUCCAGAUCGAGUUGAGCAGCCACCCAAAGCCCAAGCCGGACCCCGGGAAGCUGGUCUUCGGCAAACAUUUCACCGAUCACAUGCUCACAGUGGAAUGGACGCAGGAAAAGAGUUGGAGCAAGCCUCAUAUCAAGCCCUUCCAAAGCAUCUCUCUGCACCCGGCCUCUUCAGCCCUGCACUACUCAGUACAGCUCUUUGAGGGAAUGAAGGCUUUCCGGGGCCCGGACGAGCACGUCCGUCUUUUCCGUCCCAUGCUGAACAUGGAACGCAUGUUACGUACCGCUCUCCGCGCCUGCCUGCCUCCCUUUGAUAAGGCCGAGUUACUCGAAUGCAUCCGGCAGCUCAUCCACGUGGACCGGGACUGGGUCCCCCACUCGGACUCCGCCAGCCUCUACAUCCGCCCCACCUUCAUCGGCACUGAGCCCUCCUUGGGGGUGGCCAAGUCGACCUAUGCCUUGUUGUUUGUGAUCCUGGGGCCCGUGGGCCCGUAUUUCGCCACCGGCAGCUUCAACCCCGUCUCUCUCCUGGCGGAUCCCCACUUUGUCCGGGCCUGGAUGGGCGGCGUUGGGGACUGCAAGUUGGGCGGCAACUACGGUCCCACCAUUCACGUGCAGAGCGAGGCCGUCAAAAAGGGCUGCCAGCAGGUCUUGUGGCUUUAUGGGGACGACCACCAGCUGACCGAAGUGGGGACUAUGAACAUCUUCAUGUUCUGGAAGGAUCAGCAGGGAGCUCUGGAGCUGGUCACCCCUCCGCUGAAUGGGAUCAUCUUGCCUGGCGUGGUCCGGCAGAGCCUUCUGGAUCUCGCACGCAAGUGGGGGGAAUUCAAGGUCUCAGAGAAGGUGAUCACGAUGACCGACCUCAUCAGAGGCCUGGAGGAGAACAGGGUGAAGGAGGUGUUUGGCUCAGGCACGGCGUGCGUCGUGUGUCCCGUGAACAAGAUCUUGUACCAGGGCAAACAUUACCACAUCCCCACGAUGGAGAACGGUCCGGAGAUUGCUAAACGGUUUCUGAAGGAGCUGACAGAUAUUCAGUACGGCCGAGUGGCCAGCGACUGGGCCCAGCCCGUCUGACUCCGGCUAAGCCGCCCCCACCAGACGCUUCUUCCUCCCCCACUCCAGUCUCACUGCCACCGAAGUUUUAUUUAUAAUACAGUCCAGUCUCUUUGCCUCAUCUGCCUCGGAGUCUGGACCGGUUGGCUGCUUUUUUUAAAGGACCAUUUCCUGUCGUGUGACACACGGAGGCCAGUUGGGGUUCCGAAGCACUCCACGUCCGGGAGCGCCAGGGUUCCGAAGGGCUCCGAGGUCAGCCUUUGUGCGAGGGAGCGGAGGACCUGGACGGAUGAGGCGCUCUCUUCUUUUCGUGCUUCUCUCGGGUUCCAAAUUCAGCUGCUUCCUUCUUUAAAAGUGCAAUACCGAGAGAGUGAGAGAGAAAAACUUGUUUGUAUGUGUGCGUGCGUGCAUUUUAAAGUGUCUGAAAGUCACAAACACCCCCAUGCCUAGAUUAGCACAGAAACGUGUUUAGAUAUUUUUUUUCAAUCUAAACAAACUUAUUCUUUAUGUUUUCUAUUUGGGUGCCAGAACGCUUGGUGCUAAAAUCUGAACUGCUCUACCUGUCUCCUUAUGCCCGGGGUGCUGAAUUUCACCACCCAGAAUUCAAGGCGGGCCUGCCAAAUUUCUUAUUCUGGAUUGUUGAUUUCUAGAAUUCUGAACUUACUGUUUAAAAUUUCUGUUUCAAAACGGUUAUCGAUGCUGGCUUAGUUAAUGAAGUGUUGCAUAUGCUACAGGUUCAGAAUGAGUGUGGAGUCCCGGUGUGUUUCUUAAUGCCAGUGAUGUUUUUUUACUCCGGAAAGUAUUUAAAAUUGAAAACCACUUCUUGCCACCCAUUUCUGACCUCCCUGCAUGCCUCUGCAAGCAAUGCAUUGUGGGAGACUUCUGAGACGAUGGUCCAGCGACACCUUGGAGUAUUGCUUCUGUAGAUUGGUGUGGCUUAUUGGAAAAAGUUGCUACAUUUCCACCAGAGCUGCAGUUCACACAUCCCAUAAUGCACUGUGUACUGAAUCAGUGCGCUGUGGGAGUUUAUGAUACUGUGGGUUCUUUGUGGAGUACAUAUGAAAUUGCCUUAUAUUGAGUCUCAUGGUUGGUUCAUCUAACUC